UUUGGUUUUGUACGUGUGUAGGUAGGAGUGAGUUCGGGUUCUGGCUUUGAGUCAACUGUCAAGUGCCAAGUACCAAGUGCGUAAUUGAUACUCAGUACUCACCCUUGCAGCCACCUUCGCAUCACAACACAAUAACACCAACAGCACCUGCAGCGCACAACCACCUUGCUCCACCGUAUUCACUCGCAGCCCGUAUUUCCACCUCAGGCCAAACGCUGCACAUCUCCAAAGCCCUACACAGUUACACACCGUUUUCUGGUGGCCUUGUGGGAGUUGCGAUCAAAAUUUCCCUUACUCAUUCCACAAGGAGCGAAGGAUUUCGAGAGGUUGAGUAAUGGCGAUAGAGGGAGACACCAGAAAACGUAAGAGAAGAGGUGGAAAGGGUAGAGCCCGCAACAAAUCUCACAAAGAUAACACAAUUACCUCUUCUUCUUUAACCACUGCCACUUCUCAUUCUAAACAAAUAAUCCCAAAUAAAAUCUCUAAUUCUUCUCGGUCUAAUCCUAUUAAAUCCUCUAAUUUUCUUGACAAGAUGAAGGCAAGGUUAUCAGGUGGACAUUUCAGGAUGCUCAACGAAAAGCUCUACACUUGCCCUGGAAAUGAAGCUCUGAAGUUUUUCAAGGAGGACCCUUCUCUGUUCAAUAUGUAUCAUGUAGGAUAUCAAGAACAAAUGUCACAUUGGCCUGAGCUGCCAGUUAACGUGAUCAUCAAAUGGCUGAAGGAUCAUGACCCAUCUUUUAUCGUGGCUGAUUUUGGUUGUGGGGAUGCACGGUUAUCAAAGAAUGUAAAAAAUAAAGUAUAUUCUAUUGAUCUUGUUUCCAGUGAUCCUUCUGUUAUUGCUUGUGACAUGUCCAAGACACCCCUUGAAUCAUCAUCCGUCGAUGUCUCUGUAUUCUGCCUUUCGCUGAUGGGAACUGAUUUCCCUAGUUAUCUUCAGGAAGCACACCGAGUUCUUAAGCCAAGGGGCUGGCUCUUGAUAGCUGAAGUAAAGAGUAGGUUUGAUCCAAACACUGGAGGAGCAGAUCCCAUAAAAUUUUCCAAAGCCAUAUGUGAACUAGGAUUUAUUACUGAAAAAAAGGAUUCCUCAAAUAAGAUGUUCAUCCUGUUUUUCUUCAGGAAAAAGGAUGAGCAACUGAGAGAUGUGAAUGAGAUUGAAUGGCCUGAGCUUAAGCCUUGUCUCUACAAGCGUCGAUGAGCAUUUGGGAAAAGAACAGUUUUGUUUUUAUGGUGGACUAGCAUCUUCUUUGAUUUAAGAGAAUCUUGCAUCAAACAUCUUUAUAACCCAAGGAGUACUUGGAUUAGAGAACACAAUUGCAUUGUUAAAUGGUGAUUAUGGUGGUAUUGCUGAUGAAAUUCGGAAAACAAGUUUUUUGGAGUUUCAGAUAGGGAAUGAAAGUAUGGAACUUAUUCAUUUAGACCUGCUGUCAACUAGAAGUGGUGGCUGUAAUUUGCUGUUAGCCAGGAAGUCCUAAUUGUCACGAGCAGUCCCUCAAUUACGCCAUAGCUAUACUGUUCAUUGUGCAGUUCUUGCCUUUAAACAUUAUGAUAAUUGAACAAGACCAGCAAUGUAAAUUCAAAUGUUAUUUUAUGUAUUUUUGGUUGAUUA